AUGGACGACUACUCGGAUAGGAAGAAGAAGCUGAUUGUCGCCGUAGACUUCGGUGAAACGAAUUCCUCAGUUUCGUAUGUUGAGGUCCCUGAAGGCACUGUCCCCGAAAACAUUCCGUCGGACUGGAUAAUCACGAUAACCGGAUAUCCAUCAGGAUUCGAUAUGGGUAAAGGGGACCCGAUGCGCCUAGAGGUACCUACGCAGCUCCUUUAUCCCAAAGGCUGGCGUUUUCGACCUCUUGAUGAGCUUUGGGAUGCGCCACCAGGCUCUGUCAACACUUCGAAUGUGAAGAGCGAGUCUCUUGAUUUCAGCCUACGUUGGGGUUAUCAAGUCAGCCAAGAAAUGUCCCGUGUGGCAUCCCAAUCCAAUCUGGAUGGGACUCUAGUGUAUCGUUUCAAGACUCUCAUGGAUCAAUCCGACAACCACCUGAAACAAAAGCAGGAUCUCAGGGAGACGUUAAGAGUACUCUCCUCGAAUCGAACUUGUAGACAAGAAAUUCCAGUCGAGGAAAUGGUUCAGCUUGUCAUCAUAGAUUAUCUAACCAAGCUUUUAGAAUUUGUCAAAGCCCGCAUAGAUGACGACUGCAACACCUCCACGAUUACCACUACCGAGAUGGUCAUAUGUGUCCCCGUCAUAUGGAGUCAGAAGGCGAUCCGUGACAUGCAACUGUGCAUGGGGCUGGCCGCAAAGCUAGUUGGUUUUCCAGGCUUGACAUUGAAGAAUAAGUCCAUGGUCAAUGUUUUCAAAAUGGCAGAGUCAGAAUCUGGGGCCACAUGGCUUCUACCAUCUCUUCUCAGGUCCCUUAGACCUGGAGACACAGUUCUCAUCCUAGACCAGGGAGGCGGUACUGUAGACGCUCAGACUUUCACUAUUACAAGUACCUAUCCCCUAAGGCUUGAAAAAGAAGCCAUCCGCCACAGUGGGGACUCUUGCGGCUCCAACGCCCUUAAUGAGGCCCUUUUCAAACAUGUACUCGAACUACUCGAUGAACACGAGUAUUUGGAGGACCAGCCUGGUGUCACCAGAGAAGGCAUUGCAAGGAAGAUGGCUUUUCACGAUUUUGAGAACUAUUACAAAAAAUGUUGGAGCAUAUUCACAAAUGAAUCCAACUGCAAUUUCGAGGUUCCCGGUAUCAGAUACGACCCGAACUUCCCAAGGGACAGAAUUCCUAAGCCUAACAACUUUACUGUCCUAGCUACUAAAAUCAAUUCCAUAUUUCAUGAUGUGUUUGGACAGAUCAAAGACAUCAUGAUCGAGCAGCUAGAAACGGCACAGAAAAAUGGCAUCGAAGUCAAUGCUGUGGUUCUCAUGGGUGGUUUUUCAUUGUCAGACGCUCUUCGCAGGUAUCUCAAUGAGUCGCUAAAAUACCACGGCCAAAUGUACGGCCGCACAUAUCCGCCGAUUCGCAACACUAAGCACAGAGGAACGACGAUUAUCGAUGCCGUUGCUGCAGGAGCCGUGCUGCGCGCCCUUGACAAAAAAGGCGGCCCGAGAAGAGUGACCAAAACCGCGUACGGAUUAGGUGUUUACGUACGUUACAACAAGGAACUUCAUGGGAACCAAAAACCCACGAAUGGCAUACAAAAUCCUCAUGAAAAAUGGAUUAAAACUAUCCAAUGGGUCUCAAAGCUGGGUCAAGAGGUUCCACCCACGUAUGAGAUAGCACUGCCCCGUUGCUGCCAGUUCUCCUAUAAAGACUCUAAUGGGGGACGAACAGAGGGAUUCGUAAUCAGAGAUGAUAUUUAUCUAUCUGAUUUUGCCAGUGAAGACCACUACAGUAUUGAUCACGAGCGCAACCAAGGCGCUGAGUUCAUUGGUUCCAUCGAGUCAGAUGUCACUCAUCUUGCCGACACUUUCCUGGAUAAGCGCUCAAAGGGGCCAGAGGGACAAAGGAGAGGAGGUCAUAAGUACUGGGAAUUUCACUAUGAACUGGUGUACAUGAUUGACGGCCUCAACAUGAAGUCACCAGGUAUCCAGAGGCUUGGUACGGAGAUACUCGGCGACCUAGGUGUGAACAUUGCAUCAGCUCUACCAUCAGGGGCUGCGUGA